AGCCAGCAGGCAGCAAGCAAUCACCUACCCGGCCCCUUCACUUGCAGAGUAGGAGAAAAAGAGAAAGAGAGCGAGCCAUGGCGCACCAGCUGCUGUGCUGCGAGGUGGACACCAUCCGCCGCGGCUACCCCGACGCCAACCUCCUCAACGACCGGGUGCUGCGCGCCAUGCUCAAGGCCGAGGAGACGUGCGCGCCGUCCGUGUCCUACUUCAAGUGCGUGCAGAAGGAGAUCGUGCCGGCCAUGCGCAAGAUCGUGGCCACCUGGAUGCUGGAGGUCUGCGAGGAGCAGAAGUGCGAGGAGGAGGUGUUCCCGCUCGCCAUGAACUACCUGGACCGCUUCCUGUCCUUGGAGCCGCUGCGGAAGAGCCGCCUGCAGCUUUUGGGGGCGACCUGCAUGUUCGUGGCCUCCAAGAUGAAGGAGGCGGUGCCCCUGACGGCCGAGAAGCUGUGCAUCUACACCGACCACUCCAUCCGGCCCGACGAGCUCCUGCACAUGGAGCUCUUGCUGGUGAACAAACUCAAGUGGAACCUGGCGGCCAUGACCCCCCAUGACUUCAUCGAACACUUCCUCUCCAAGAUGCCGGUGGCCCGGGAGAGCAAGCACGUCAUCCGCAAACACGCGCAGACCUUUGUCGCCCUCUGCGCCACAGAUGCUAAGUUCAUCUCCAGCCCCCCGUCCAUGGUGGCGGCGGGCAGCGUGGCGGCCGCUGUCCAGGGCCUGCAUCUGGGGGUCAGCAGCAGCUUCUUGUCCCACCACUGUCUCCCGCGCUUCCUGUCCACGGUGAUCAAAUGUGACCCGGACUGCCUCCGGGCCUGCCAGGAGCAAGUGGAGGCCCUGCUGGAGUCCAGCCUAUGCCAGGCCCAGCACCAUCAGAACCUGGACUCCAAAGGUGUGGAAGAAGAGGAGGAGGAGGAAGAGGAGGAGGAGGAGGAAGGUCUGUCCUGCACCCCCACUGAUGUGCGCGACAUCAACAUCUGAGCC